UCUCGAGUGGUGGAUUAAGCACGCUACACACACCUGUUCGUUACGUGCAAUUUAUCGUAUAUACAGCAAGUUCCGAAAAUCGGUGUGUGUGUUUUUGGAGCGAGUGACUCGGUUUUUCGCAGUGUUGGGUAUAGGGGAAAAAGUGUCGAGUACGGUGGCUGGCAUGACCGUGCAAGACGAAGUCCGGACCAUGCCUCAAACUGCAGCCACGCGAUCGCGUUUUAUGAUCACUGACAUUCUGAGUGGACCGGCCGACGGGACGGCGAUUAUUAGGGGAAGGUCGCCCAGUCCGGGACCCAGGGAUUUGUCGCUACACUCCAAUCCCAUCCAUGACAGUGAUACGGACAGUUCCGGACAUCCGGAUAACUCCAGUGUUUGUUCCAACGGUCAGACGGGAGAAGAUUCAAUAAACUCGUCAAAGAGCUCGAACGGUGCAAUAAAUAAAAAACAAAGAAAAGCACGGACGGCGUUUACCGACUUGCAACUACAAACGUUAGAGAAAAGCUUUGAACGGCAGAAAUACCUAAGCGUUCAAGACAGGAUGGAGUUAGCAGCGAAAUUGAGUCUUACGGAUACGCAAGUGAAGACGUGGUAUCAAAACAGGAGAACGAAAUGGAAACGGCAGACGGCAGUAGGCCUGGAGCUCCUCGCCGAGGCCGGCAACUACGCCGCCUUCCAGCGCUUGUACGGCGCGCCGCCUUACGGCUGCUGGUAUCCGCCUCAGACUGCCGGCCCCACCGCCGCCCCCAGCGCGGCGGACAUCUACUACCGACAAGCCGCAGCCGCCGCCGCCGCCACGCUCCAAAAACCUCUCCCAUACCGUCUCUACCCUCCAGGCAUGGGUCUGGGAAUCCCCGGUCCCAGUGCCCAUCUGGGCUCCCUGGCCGCCAGUAGUUCCUUAAGUACCCUUUCCAGCUACUACUCCAACCAGACCGAGGGCCCGUCUCCCAGAUCUCCCAGCCCCGAUACGCCCCUGGAUCCGGGGUCGCCCGGCUCGGGGGGUCGGAGGACGCCCUCCGAAGACGAGGACACGAUCCACGUUUGAGGGCUUCGAGCAAAGACUUUGAUAUUGUGAUAUAAAGUGUACUAUAGCUGGACUUGUUAUUUAUUUGCGCUUUUACGUGUUGUGUAGAUUGAUAGACAUAUGGACAAUUUUUGUAAUUAGAGAUUUGUCGACGGGCUUUGUGUGGAGUGGUAGAUAAGAAGGGAUUACGAGGAUGGAUGUGUAUAAAUGUUCGGAGUUUAUCGGAUUGCACUCUUGUUGUAAUCGUUUUAUUUUUGCUCGAUGAGUAUCUUUAUCCAUGUUAUUAUUAGAAAAUACAUAGGAAAUAAAGGAUUUUAAGUUUUUAUUACUA